AUGAACACAGCUGACUACAACUCGAGGCUGCGCAAAGAAUCUUGGUGCGUGACGGUGCUUGUUAUAAGUAAUAACAUCACCUUUCUCGCUGACUUUGCGGAAAUAUCACUUCGAGGUCGCCUCUUCGUGUGGUCCACAAGGCUACUGGUGGUUGCAUUCCUUCCUCGAGACACAAUCUUCAAGGUGCUCACAGAUCACUGGACGUAUUCGAUGACGAACACAAUGCUUUUGAUGUACGAUAAAUCAAAUAAUGCAUCAAGGUGUAACCUUUAUAGCCACCUUCCCUACACCCGUGUCGGAGCAGAAGUGGUUCGAAUUGCCUCUUCGACAGAACGCAAAGGACUUUCUUACCAUCACCAGCUGAACCUUUUCCCGGAAAAAUUCAAUAACUUCUACGGGGCCACCAUUAAUGUAACUGCCUUGCCAUAUGCACCAUACUGGAUGACAUCUGGAGAAGGUACAGCCGCCCGCCACUCAGGAAUUGACUACAAUCAACUUGUUACUUUGUCUGAAGCUCUCAACUUCAACUUUCAUAUUUUGCCUUCUAAGAACUGGCAAGAAGUAACAGACCAAGUCGAGGCUCGUGUAUCCUUCAUUGCAAGUAUCGUAUACGUGGUUCUACCCAAUAGACUCGAAAGAUGGGACUAUACACACACUUUCGACUAUUCCCCAUUCUGCUUCGCCAUGGCCAAACCGGGUUUGAGACCUCAGUGGCAAAAUUUCUACUAUCCACUGAGCAUUCCAGUGUGGCUGUUGAUCCUCAUUUGCACUGUGGCAGUCUGCGCUACACUCUUAAUAGUGACUGGAACCGACAUGUGGGUGACUCGUUACGGACGGUUGAGUGGUGCAUUGGUGGUGCUGGAGGCGGUGGGUACUCUGCUGGGUCAGGGACUCUAUGGCCGUCUCUCAGCCAGACACUCUAACCAUAUCCUCAUCGCAUGUUGGCUGUUCUUCGGAGUGGUGGUAGGAACAGCCUAUAGAAGCAGCCUCAUUGCUUCCCUCACUGUACCUAAGUAUCCGCCGAGACCAGAGACAGUGCAAGAACUAGUGAAAGUUAUUGAAAGGGCUACCAUAGAGCCAUAUGGAAUUUCGUAUAAAAACUUCUUCACCAAGUCUGAGUAUGCUGCGUUCAGUGCUCUCGGCCGCCUGAUGCGUGUGGGAGUUGAUAUCAAGGAUGGCUUGACAGACGCCCUCAAGAUGAAGAGAGCUCACGUUGGUGGUCAGCAAUACUUACAACUGUCAGUGGCACAAUACUUCACCCGAAUAGAUGGUACUUCUCCGAUCUACAUUGGAAGAGAAAUUAUCAUUCCCUCUACUUCAGCUUGGCCAAUACCACAUGAUGCUCCAUUCAAGCCUCAGUUGGACAGCACAGUUAUGGCCAUCACGGAGGCGGGUUUGUAUGAACAAUGGAGGAAGGAGAUGCUGCAAGACGCCGAGAGGAUAAGUCGUAUCAGACAGCGAGAACAGCUGCAGAGUGACAAACAACAGGGAGUUCAAUCUGCAGUGAAAUUCGGCGCAACGCCAGGCAGCAUUAAGCCUCUUACCGUCACCCACAUACAGGGUCCCCUCAUCAUUCUCCUAAUGGGACUGGGCCUUGGGACAGGAAAUUUCUUGGCAGAAAAGAUAAGAUCGUCUAAUUUUCUCUUAAGAGGAUAAGUUAGUAGUAAGAACGCUCCCCUUCUCACGUUAUAGCGGUACAUUCAUAGUAUGACACAUGUACGUUAUGGUCAUUUUGCGAGCACCACGUGGCUAAUCACGCUACGACAAUCACUAUCUCAAUAACCUAUGAUACUACCACACCACAACUAUCACAAACAACCAAAAUAUUACAACACAAUUGUAUCAUCUACAAUGAUAUCAUUUAGUACUGGUAUGCACGUAUUUCUUGUUUAUUUCUUAUGACGAGCUUAACCAGUUUUCUGGGCUCAUUUGAUAGUCACUUGUCUGGGUGUAUGUGCUGUAGGUGGAGUGAUUACCUGGCUGUCGCGGAUACCGCCUCCAGGCAGUUCCAGGCAGGCGGAACAGGGUACAGGGGAGAGGCCCUCCUGCAUACCGCUCUUUAGUGGAGAGUGAAGCCAAUUGGAGGAGGCUGUCUGGUAGGCGCAACUAUGCAUGUCUACCCAAAACAUUAGGGAGAGGCGUGCGCAAAUCCUCAGUAAAAAUUUCGAUUUUGCUUUAAUUCCUCUAUAUAUCAAGUGGUUAGUAAUUAUAUGUAUGAUUGAGCUGAAAUAGCAUGAACUUGCAAUUACAAGUUUGAGAAAAAAAAAAACACGAAUUUCCCUUCCUCUAUUCAUUACACUAUGAAAAGUAAAUAUUUACUUACGCCUCCUCGACACACAUUAUCUGUAAAUCGUGUUAAUUUACCACCUACACUGAACAUCUACUAAACUUUUCAUCUGACACGAUAUAACCUUCUAUGUAGAGCUUCUAUGAUUUACCAUGAAAUAAAAAUAGUAGUACACAGAAAAGAUACUUUGAGAACAGAAAAGGCCCACAUGCCCGGAUGGCGAGAGACAACUCGCCGCUAAUUAUUCAUGUUACGUGAUCAUAUGUCAUUGGUAUUGCAAAGCAAAAGACAUUACAUUGUUCAGACAGGAAUUACUGAUGUACACUUUAUUAUGAUAAGAGGUGAACUCGUCAGUGACUAAAACAAACACGAAACAAUCAUGCAGAUGCAAGCAUCACAAACAUUAUUACCAAAGGCAAAACAUUUCAGUCAUUGCUACAAACACAAACAACAGAUUCCAGACAUAAAAUCACAAACUAUUUACGUACUAUGCUAAUAUGCUACAUCAGCCAGUGGGGUAUGCUACAGCAGCCAGUAGGCUAAACAAAAAAAAAAAAGUUCGUAGGAGCUUCUUGGUGACAGCCUUUUAGGUGAACAGGAGUGUCAAUAUCAUAUAACGUAAUGCAAAGAUGUUUCUCUGUAUUUUUCAUUAUAUCUAAAGGAGGCACAAUGUACAGGCAACCGUUACAA